AUGAAUGCAUUAAAUGCCCACAUGGUAGUGCCUUCACAGGAGAGUUCGACAUGUACUCAUGGCAAAUCGGGCAGUUAUCCUCAAGGCAUUUUUCUCUACAUACAUGCACAAGUAGAGCCCUUGACAUACAUGCAUUGCACUUCAUGCAGUGGAAGUAAUCAAUGCCCAGACCUUUCCCAACUCGGCACAGAUUGCAGUAAGGGCAAUGAUCCUGCAGGAGUAUCUCCCCAUAGAGAAACCAUUGCAAGAUUUGGUCAUACAUGUCGGUCCUAUUGGCUGAAUUACCAAGCAUUUCAUGCACAUCAUUUCUGUUAUAGUUUUUCUGCAGAAAUAAUAUCAAGAAUGGGUAUGCAUAUCAAAAGAAAUGAAUGUAACACAUUAUUGGAGCAGCAACCUAAAUUCAUGAAAGUCUGA